AUGCGCAUCCUCGUCUCCGUGGCGAAAACCACCCUCAUCACCACUGUUCCCUCCGAACCUAUACUCUCCAUCGCCGCCGCCGUCGCGCUCACGGAGUCCUUUCAAACCUACCACAAUGCCCUCAACACGUUAUGCGCCGAGUUGGAACGCCAGAAUUCCGUCCUCGCACCUGGAGAGGCGGGGGAGCUCUGCUGCCGUCUUCUCCUUCUCCUCGCUCGCGAUAAGGCUACUACCGACUUGCAUGGGACCUUCGUCAGAGAGAAGCCGGAGAUGGACAGGUGCUAUAUCCACGCCAUUGGAUUGCACGACUUCUUAUCGACCCUUCUCGGACAGACUCGGUAUGGAUUUCAGGCGCAGGAAGAGGAGGAGUCAGCGGAGGAUCUUCGGUCGCUCUGCGAGGGCUUGUCUAUCAACUUCACUCACUUCAUACAAUACGAGAAGACGAUCGAGGAGCUCACUCUGGACGAGCUCGAGCACGCCUGGUUCUCUGGCGCCGCCAUCCAAUGCUGCCAUAAUCAGCCGGUCAUCGACGUUCUCAUUAUUUACUACAGCGGGCCUAUCGACGAGCCGUUCAACCGGUCAGAUCUCGGAGUAGUCGGCAUUCAGGUCAAAGCCAGAACCAAGCAGGCGUAUGGUGCGGUUGGAGAAGGCUUGACCGUCCCACCCAUUCUUUACCCGAGCGCCAACAAGUCCGAGGCCAGAAAGGUCAAACAUCCGACAAUCGUCAUGCUCAUGGACCUGAGCACCGAGAAGACGUUCCAACAGAACGGAAGGAUGAAAUUUUUGGUAAAGAGAGCGGCAGAGAAAACGAUCAGCUGGUCGGGGUACAUCGCGGACGAGCCUGAGAACAUCUUGAUCAACGUUCGCGGAUGCUCGGCGUUGCAAUAUCCUGUUCUAGAUCGAUUCUCGGAGCCGUUUGGGAAGAUUUUCAAGACCAUGAAGGCAAGUCAGGUACCGGGGGUUUUGGGUGACCUAGAGGAGCGGAUGAUGGUUGCGAUGUACCCAAUCGAAAGGCUGUCGAAAGUGCAAGAGGCUGAGCAAGAGAAGAAGAAGAAGGAGAAAGCGGCGGAGAAUAGGAAGAACAAGAAGGCCGCGAAUGCUGCGAAGAAUACGAAGGACGCGAAGAGCACCAAGAGCGGGAGGAGCAAGGCUCGGGCGCCGAAAGAUGAUAUACAGAGUGAAGAAAGCUUCCCAGAUCUUACAGACAUGCGAGAGGCAUUGUCGAGUGCGGACUCAGAGUAA